AUGGGGGAUGUCUACUCUAAGAUAGGUGAAUAUGGUAUCACGGUGACGGGGGGAAGACUCUCCCCCAUUGGUGUGAGCGGGUUCCUCUUGGGUGGGGGCCUUUCAUUCUUGAUGAACUCCGAAGGGUUUGGCGCAGACAGCGUACUCUCAUAUGAGAUCGUUCUUGCCGAUGGCACGAUCUCAACAGCAACAAAAGAAUCUUCACCGGACUUGUUCAAGGCACUCAAGGGUGGAAGUAGCAAUUUUGGAAUUGUAACCUCAUUUAAACUUCAAGCUUACCCGAUCGAUAACGUCUACGCCGGAAGUCUGCAUUACUCUCCUGAACAAUACAACGCUCUUUUCAAAAUUAUGGAAACUUACGCUCGCGAGGGGAUCGAAUCUGACCCCAAAACACAUAUUAUAUCAAAUUUUAUAUACGUCCCAUCUCAGGCUAUUGAAGCAGCCACCUUCUAUUCGUUCUACCCGGAGCCUGUUGCAGCACCACCAUCAGCGGUCAAACCCUUCUUCGAUCUUCCAACCAUUAUGAAUACCGUCAAAGUCAAGACCUUUAGAGAAGCCUUGGAAGAGUAUUCAGUUGGAAGCGAGACAAAACAACGAUAUGACUUCCGGACCUAUACUGUGCAGGCUGACUCAAAGUUGUUCAAACAGUUGUUUGACAUCUGGCGCUUGACUGUAGACGGAUUAAAGGAGACACCCGGAUUGGCUUCAGGGAUUGUAUAUCAAGCUAUGUCUAGUAGCAUGAUUCACGCAAGUGAUAGGAAAGGAGGGAAUGUACUUGGUUUGAAACCAGCACCCAAUACACGCAUCAUCGUGAGCUACUUGUUUUCUUGGUCACUGGAAGAAGACGACGAGAAAGUAUACGAAACGAUCGCCAAAUUAAUCGCAAAGUCUACAGGUAUUGCCAAGUCAAAAGGGCAACUCGAACGAUAUAUAUACCUCAAUUAUGCAGGUUCUAAUCAGCAGCCAAUUGAGUCAUAUGGACCCGCUCAAGUGGACUUCCUUCGAAAGGUGAAGUCCAAGUACGACCCCGAUAGUGUGUUUGAAAUACUAUCCUGUGGCGGCUUCAAGAUUCCUCCUCAAAGUGUUACAUUGAGCGUGUAG